AUGGUUGUAUUCGUCGAAGUAAUCUCCUUUCCCCUCUCCUCUUCUCAUUUCGACAACACACCUGGGGGAGUCCCCUGUCGGCCCCUGUCCACCGAGCUACGCCCAAACUUGAAUCAAAUCAAAUCAAACUCGUUCCUGCGAACGAAGCAUCCGAGCUUUUCUCGCCAAUGGGCACAAGUACGCGAAUAUGGAUGGAUGGGGUGGGUGGACGAGCACAUCUCCCAGGCUCGCAUGUUGCGUGGCAUCAUUUCCGCCAUCCCGUGUCGUGUCACGAACAUCGACGACGUCUGUCCUGCUUCACGCAGAUUGAAUUUGAUUCUAUCAGAGAUAGAUGACCGUCAAUUGACGAAACAUCACUACAACGUACAUACGCCUAGGUCUGCUCUCUUCUGGGCGAGAGCCCUUGACGACGACACAGAUAGUCCAGAAAAGGUUGCCGAGCCGCUCGUCACUGUCACUGUGGAGCCAUUGUGCAUUAACUGGUCCGGGCACUCUCCCCUGCUUCUUCUCUGUUUCUCUUCAUUGCCCUCUGAGCUUCGACACGCGCAUAAUGCUGGAGGACUGGACUGGGGAAGACUGAACACCUUUGCUACGGAUAUUCGUUUCUUUUCCUCUUGCAUCUUGCACUCUUCAUACUCGUUCUUUCGUGGGCGCCAUUGGUUUUACGUGAGGGUGCUCUCGCCAGCUCGACCCUUUCCCCCCUCAACAUCAGUGAGCUUUGCUUCUUUCGAGUCGACCUACAUCCUGCGCCUUCGAGCAUUCUUCUCUCUUAUAAACUGCGCCAAUCGCCGAUUUAGCGUCUUCGCCCGUCCGCUUGUGCGAUCGUUCUACGCGUUCCCUAUAUAUAUUUCAACAGGUCUUCUCUCGACGCGACAUAUCUCCUUUGUCUCGCCUUUCAUCGAAUAUUUGCAUACGGCUGGAAAAGAACGGCGAUACCUGAGAUUAUUGUUUUGCCUAAGCGUGGGCAACAGCAGCUGGGUCGCCGCCGAGCCACCCGUUCAGUAUGAAGACCCGAAGCGCACACUUCCCCGCCUUAUCUGCAUCAAUGCAUCCAUGAUUCUGCAGUUGAACCUUGCUGCAUCCUUUCCUAAUCCGACCGAUGCAGGGAUCACGGAUAUAGUGUCGUGCUUUGACCUCUUCAAAUCGAACCCCUUCCGCGGACCUCAGUCAAUCUUCAGGAGAUCCCUCUCCUUCACAUCGAACCGGAUCGUCACCUACUACCCCGAAAUAUUCGUUUCGUCAGCAUCUGAAAAGAUGAAUGCCUGGGAGACAGAGGAUGAGGCUGGCGGCCCUGCUGCGACCUCACUCCCGACCCCACGAGAUACACCCUACAGGACACCUUCUGGGGGCUCGAGGAGAUCACGCCGCUCUGUCACGCCACCCGGUACGAAAAGCUACUCCCCUUCUUUUGCGGCCGGGGAAAGAAAUGGGAAAGUCACGAAAAGGUCGUCGAAAGACGUCUCCAACGACGAAAACAUCAGUGUUCUGGAUCCUCGACGAUUUACGCCCACCUUGCAUGCGAAUCUGGUGGCUGAGAUCCUGAACCUCAGGCGGGAUCAGGAAGAGAAGAUCAAACUUAUCGAAAGCCUGGAGGCCACCCUGCACUCCACUCGAGGAGAACAGGAGUCCCUGCAGGAAACGCUGGCUCAGACGACCAAGGAGAGCCGGUCCUUGAAGAGACACCUAGCUCUUCUUGAAGGAGGCACGACUUCAGCCCUGGGAGAGCUGACACGAGAACGCGAUGAGGCGGUUGAAAGCAAUAUCGAGACGAAAGUGCGGCUUGAAGCUGCACAGCGGAAAAUUCGGCUCCAAGAAGAGGAUUCUCGGAGGGUGCAUGACCUUUGGAUUCAGGAGAAGGAUGCCUGGGAGGAGGAGAAACGGAAGUAUGAGCGCAGGAUCCACGUGGUCGAAAGCCGGCUGAAGUCGGUGCUUGAUGAGGUCGCCGCUUACCAGAAUGCUCUCCACUUGAACGGGCACGGGCACGGUGCCCACAACGCCGAGAGCGAAACGGAGGAGACGGGACGGGAGAACGACGCUGCGAGCGUCCGAACGAUGAGCAUGACAAACAGUAUUCGGUUCUCAGGGAUGCCCAGUCCUGGAAAAGGAAACGGCAAUUCGUUGGCGGAUGAACUCAACCUGGACGGAGACGAUGACUGGCAUACAGAUGACGGUGGCCGAGAAAGCGUGCUCUCUCAUCAUCGACACCACGCACGCAACAUGAGCCGCGACAGUGUCAUGUCCAGGCUCCACCGCCGAAACCAAAGCAUUGAGAGCCUCAAGCGACCGGGAAGUGUUGCGCGUGGCAAGCUCUGGGUGAACCAACCCGUGCUGGAGGCCCUGGAAGAUGGGAUCCCUGAAGACGUGGUGAAUCCGCCUGCUCCUAAAGUCGUCUACACCGACACCGGAACCCAGUUCUCCCCGCCGCCAUCGCCCAUGUUACAGCCGUCGUCGGAGCCUGCCGAGCGCAUUGAAAGGGCUCCCGAAUUGGAGACCCUUCCACCAGCCGAGCUCGAAAUCGAGGCCAACCAGCGACGGAAGCGCGUGCAACUCAACAGGCCCUCGACAAUUGACACUUCAGCUCGUCCCCAACACCAUAUGGUCUCGACCAGCUCUCAGACGGUGGAAGAGCCGCUCAGUCCGCCCAAGACACCCAAGUCUCCAUUGCGGGCGUUGACACCACCACCUCCGGAGACUAAACCCACUCCCACGGUCUCUGUUUCUACUCAGACGGAAGACCAUGAGAAGGAAAAGGCAACAGAGGAGGAGAAGGAAGAGGAAGCUAAGCCGUUGCGCCAGUUUUCCCCGAUGCCCGAGCUCCCAAUCCCCAGCAUCAGCGUCAUUCCUCCGACUAGCCGACCAACAACGCCCCGUGAGCCACGCCUUCCGCAAUACAAUAAAGACGCUGGCUGUCAGGUCUCGCUCCUCGUAUCGGCAGCUCCGGUGCAAUCCACUGGUGUUCAGACGGACGAGAUCCGCGUGGAUCGGCGCCUCGCUCAACUCCCCAUGCACUUGCGACCGGAAGCCAUCUCAUCACGACCCACGUCCCCUAAUCCUACCACGUCAUCUGCUGGUGUCGCUGAUGUCGAUGCCCCCGAGCAAUUUACGCCUGGCCCUGCCGAUUUGCCACCUCGCAAUCCGAGAAGGCUGGCGAUUAAGCGCAGCUUCACUGACAUGCCUACAUCCCCUCGCGGUCCUAUCCCUCCUGUGUCUCCUACUUUCUCUGGCACGCCUUGCAGCCCUGUCGAAAGCCCUCCUCGCGAUGCCUACCCCGGCAACAAUGAUGACGGGCCCCUGUCAAGCCAGAAGGCGCCAAUGCGUCGCCCACACCGCGUCAGCAGCUUGUUUGCCGGAUUCGAUGCGAACAGCUCGGACGAGGGUGAAGACUACGGCGAUGCCGAUCCGGAUCUGAGUGAUGCCGAGUUUAGGACGGCUCUCUCCGCACCUGGGCAGAGGCCAAAGUCGGGUGUUGUUGCGCCGGCCAAGAGAGGCUCCUAUGGCAACAUGGCCUCCCCAGAGCAGCCUACGUUGAGGACCUCGGCCAUGUCUCGGAGUUCAGUGCGGUCCCUUGGCACUGAAAGCUACAGCUAUAACUUGGAGAAUAAAGAGAACAAUGUGCAGAAGGACAAGGACUCCGCUGCGGGCUCGGGAGCGCAACACACCAAGUUCGCGCAGCGAAGCUACGAGAAGUCAACGGGAGCUGGCGCGAACAAGGCCAACGGUAUGCGAAGGGCCGCCAUGAUACAAAGCGGCAUUGCGACCCACCAGGGACGGGCCAGAAGCCCGAGCCUCACCGACUCCCGCGAUCCUCCUUUCCCCAUCCCUACUAGAGCAAGCUCCCGGCGGCCCCCGAUUAGCGCCAGCGCGCCGAGCGACGGGCAGCGGAGUCCGACAAGGGUCGACGGUUCGUGGCGGAGACGAGGCAGCGGGCGCAGCCAUUACCGGGCCAAUAGCAUCCGCAAAGUGCGGUCGGCAGCUGCUUUGCCGCGGAAUCACAAGUACCGGCGACACGGCAGCCGGUCCCCUCCGCCGUUCUCCGAGACUACCGAGGGGCCGGAAAGUCCGGGACUCCCGCCGUUGCCGCACAACGACAUUACUAGUCCGCAUGCACGAGAGAACGGCAGGUCCCGGUUCAAAUCGUCGCACAGGUCGCAGCCAUCGACGACGACAGCCCAGACGGCUCAGACAUACCAGACCAGCGGGACCAACGGGACCCACGGGACGGAUCUCAACUCCCAGGGAAGUGUUUCCGGUACUACUGGGGUGGUGGAUGCCAUCGCGCAAACGAUGGUCGGUGAAUGGAUGUUCAAGUAUGUUCGGAGGCGCAAGUCGUUUGGUGUUCCCGAGCCCAGCGGCCGAGAGGAGACGAGCAACGACCGGCACAAGAGAUGGGUCUGGCUGGCGCCUUAUGAGCGGGCCAUCCUGUGGAGCAGCAAGCAACCUUCUUCGGGCAGCGCCCUGAUGGGCAAAGCCGGCCGAAAACGUAAGCCCCGUCCCCCGACGCCAAAUCACAAAUGGUGGAGCGCAGAGAGACUGAUGAUGGCCUUCCUCCCUAAUUCUGCAGUGACGAUCCAAUCGGUUCUCGACGUCAAGGACGACAACCCGGCGCCCAAGGGCAUGCCGACAAUCUUCAACCGGUCGAUCUUGAUUCUCACACCGCAAAGGGCGCUCAAGUUCACGGCCGUCUCGGCAGAGCGACACUACUUGUGGCUGACGGCGCUGUCCUUCCUGGCUCACUCGCAGCAAGCGGUGCCGGAGAUCAUCACGGCCCCCCCGCCACCGAAGACGAUGGUUCCCGACUUCGAAAUGGCGCAGCCGAAAAGGCGGCCGGGCAUACGCGACUCGAUUCGUCUGACGAAGAGCAAGACGUCGGCCCUGAGGACGGCUACACCGAGCAUGCCCAGCGUGCCGAGCGUGCCGAGCGUACGGAGCAAUCCCAGUGCGCCCCCGUCUCAGAUGGACGACGUUGGUGGUUUCAAUUUCAAGCACGAGGCGUUCCCGCCGUUGCCCGAGAUACACCACAUGCACCAUUCUCGGGAACGAUCCGGGGAGGCGGCCGAGGCGCCCGUCAUUCCGCGGUUCCACGAGCGGUCGGCGGCCAUGGUGCACGGGCGGAAGCGCAGCAACACGGGGGGUCACGUGCCACCACCGCUGUCGUUCCGCGGGUUUUCCGGGCCGGCGGUGGCGAGCAGCGCGGGGCACAGCUACACGAACAGCAACGCGGGGAACAGCGUGGGAACGGCGGGGUCGUCGGACAUUUACCAGACGAAUCAGUCGCAGGCGUCGAGCGGGGGGCCGAGCUGGGGGAUGAGCACGACGACGACGACGGGGUCGCAGCGGACGUCGGAGGCGUCGACUCGGCCGAGCAACUUCUUCGACGCGAUCGGGACGGUGCGGAUGGAGGCGUUCAUCAGCCCGCUGGCGUUUUCGCAGUUCGACGGGGACCCGGAUGAGGAGGAGGAGCUGAGGUACCGGGCGCGGAGGCGGAGUAAGGAGCACCGACGCCGGGCUAGCAGGAGCCGGAAUCGCGACAGUUAUAACUCCCGGGGAGGAACACGGGGGGUGGAUGACUGGUAUUCCGGCAGUCGGACGGCAGGAGAGGAUGACUUCUUCAGGGAUGACCCAUUCAAGGGGUUUUAA